UCUCCCGCCGGGCCUUGCGCGGAAGUGGCGGGAGCGGUGGCGAUGGAGGCGCGCGAGGAGAAAGAGGCGCAGGUUGCUGAGUGGUUGAAAAAGAUAUUUGGAGAUCAACCGAUUCCACAGUAUGAGGUGAACCCACGGACCACAGAGAUUUUAUAUCACCUUGGAGAACGCAACAGGGUCCGGGACAGGGACGCCUGCCUGGUGAUAGAGGAUUUAAAACAGAAAGCAAAUGAGUAUGAAUCAGAAGCCAAGCAUCUUCAAGAACUCCUCAUGGAGAGUGUAAGUGUCUCCCCUGCCAGUCUGUCUAGUACUGGUUCCGGGUACCUGAAUGCCUUGGUUGACAGUGCCAUCGUCCUUGAAACAAAGGACACCUCACUAGCAAGUUUUAUUCCUGCAGUGAAUGAUUUGACUUCUGAGCUUUUCCGUACCAAAACCAAAAAUGAAGAACUCCAGCUUCAGUUGGGAAAACUUGAAAGAAAUCUAACUGCAACUUUAGUGUUAGAAAAAUGUCUGCAAGAAGAUCUCAAGAAGGCAGAGCUCCAUCUGUCUGCUGAGAGGACCAAGGCUGACAAUCGUCUUCAGAACAUGGACUUCCUGAAGGCAAAGGCAGAGGAGUUCAGAUUUGGAAUCCGAGCUUCAGAGGAGCAGCUUUCAGCUAGAGGCAUGGAUGCUUCUCUGAUGCAUCAGUCACUAGUAGUACUAUCAGAGAAACUGGCAGAGCUAAAACGAAAGACUGUACCUUUGAAAAAAAAACUGGAGUCCUACUUAGAUUUAAUGCCGAAUCCAGCUCUUGCUCAAGUGAAAAUUGAAGAAGCAAAGAGAGAAUUAGAUACCAUUGAGGCUGAACUUACAAAGAAGGUAGACAUGAUGGAACUGUGACACAGAGCCAAAUAAACAUCCUUUUCCCUAGCAAAAUAAGUUGAACAGAAUUUUGCUCGGGUUUUUUUCCGCUCAGCAUGCCUUAAUUAAGUUUCUGUGUUCUUAGUUGAGAUAAUAAUGUCCUUAUUGACAGAAUAAUGGUUCUGAGUUAUGUGUCACAUUUUUGUGCCCAAAUACAAUUUUCAUAUUAAAAAGCAUUUUCUCAAA